AUGUCUUCAGAACAGGUGCAUCCUCUGCGCAUCGCCAAAGGCGCCACACCCAAAUCAUCGCCGACAAAGAUGGCUAGCGGUCUUCCCCGCCCUUUGUCCGAGCUCUCGCCCACGGAGAGGCGUCGCAACUCGCCCAGCUGGCACCACAUGGUUUCUCCCAAGAAGGCCACACUUGGCAAUGAUUCCUCCCCAUUCCAGUCGUCGCCCCUCGAUGGCGGCUCCUCCCCACGUCACUUCUGGCAGAACCGCAACUCGGAAAACGUGCCCUACGGUGGAGGCCAUACCGCCACCUCCCCGUCGCCCCAACGCCGCUCCUCGAUUGAGAAAUUGCAGAGAGCUUCCCGAGUCAAGAACAGCAACAUCUUGGCCUUGGAACAGAAGCAGGAAUAUGAUCCUACUCGCAUCCCGACAAUCGAGAGACCGCUCGCAAAGGUCCAAGUAAACAGCCUUGGCCUGUCCACCAGCUCCAGCGGCAGCUCCAGCGGCGGUCUGCGCUCGCUCGACUCUGACUACAAUAUCCCCGACUUCAAGCGCAGUGAUACUGCUUCCACCACUACAUCCUUCUUUUCUACUAUGAGCACAAACACCGCUACUGGGCCUGUCGCAGCUCCCGCCACACCUUGCACCAGCCGCGAUCAGCCGUCCAACUCGCCGACCAAGUCGUCGCUCUCGCCUUCCAAGUUCAAGGACACCUUUGACCCCGUCACCGGAACUUGGUCUACCCGCUCAUCCUACAUUGACGACGAAUUCUCCUCGAGCAGGUCAUCGCAUCGCCAUGUGAAGAGCGUGACCUUUGACGCUGCUCCUCCCCAGAUCAAUGACUACGAAUCUGACGAUACCGACGGCGACCGCGGCUACUACGAUCUCGCGCACGGCGAAAACCCCGACGAUAGCUUUGACGCAUCACUCGAGGACACUAUGAAAACCCCCGUCGUCGGCCCCGACGACUACAGCGCCUACGGCCGUGGCCACGGACGCUACGAAGCUAGCCCUAUGCCAGAGGGCACCCCUACCAUGGCGCUGUCCAACAACAACCAUAACCACAAGAAUAGCCCGGGCUCGGUCUCUUCCAGUGCUGAGCACCGACCUCUACCUCCUGUGCCUAACCGAGGCCACGAGCGCAUCAAGUCGAGCGAUUCCUCGUCUGGCCUGUCUGCUACUGCGGAGCGCAUGAUCAACUCCGGCCAGCGCAACCUCCCCACUCCUCCGCCGGCAUCUGCCAGCAAGUCUGAUAUCCAGAGCUUCGGCCACAGCAAGAUGCCGCUCGAGGAGCGCCUUAAACUCAUGAUGAUGUCCGACAACGGCGACGCCAAAACGGCAGCCGAACAGCAGCGUGAGCGCCGCCUUAGGAGAGGUAGUCCGCGCGAGCGCAUGGCGAGCCCUGCGGCGGAUGAGCGCAAGCACCAAGAUCUUGAAGAGGCAGAGGCCGAUGAUACAAUCGGCGACAUGUCUGCGCUUGGUGAUUUCCAGAUGCCUGCCAAGAUCUCUCGCGAAUCCAUCUUGCGACGUGUCAAUGGCAACCAGGCCACUGAGAGACAAUCCGACUUCAACCUUUCUUCUCCUGCACAAAGCCCUUCGCGCAGCCCUGAGAAGAAGUUUGGGACGCCUAUGAUUCCAGAGGAUCCUGAUGUCCCCAUUCCAUCCACAGAAGACUCCAUGAUUGAGGACGAGACUAUCGUGGAGGAUGGCAGCGUCAUCAUUACUAGAAAUCCUGACGAAUACGAAGAUAACGUCUUAGACAUGUACGAUGAGGAGGAUGAAAUCAGCAUCCUGCCCGACGACGAUACCUACGAAGAGUCUCUGCACCAGACUGAGCGGGUUGAGACCUAUGAAGAGUCCCUGCACCAGACGGAGCGGACUGGUACCUAUGAGGUGUCUGCACAUCAAGUUGAGAAGGUCACAGAAGUCACUAUUGCAGAGGACACUCCUCAGCCCAUUACGCCUUCUGAGCAAGCCUCGCUUCCGAAGUCAGAGCCUACUGCCCUUCAGCCGCAGCCUGUUGCUGAGCCCCAGGAGACAACUCCGAAACCAUCUUCACCCACAAAGCGAGCUGCGACGCCAGAGAAGAGCUUCGCUAAGCCUGAAUACGACGGCAGUGGCUGGGGCGAGGAUGAAUAUGCGGACGAGCCUGAGAGCCCUGGUUCUGUGAUUCAUCAUCCGGUAGAUGAUGAUGAUGUAUUUGAGGAACCCGUCGAAAAGCCCGUCAUCCCCGAGCAGCUUGCUACCAUCAAGGCGUCCGGUUCCAAGCUCAAGACCAGAGUGUCCAACACUCCGUCCGACCUUGCUGCUAUGCGCGAGGCUCGUCGCCUAGCUAGCCAGGAGGUCCCCAUUGUACCUCCAAUUCCCCAAAAGCACAAGAACCGUCUCUCCAAAGACAUGUCUGUGCACCUCGCUGACGGAGAGGACCCUUUCAUUGAGCGUCAUCCCAGCUUCAAAAACCGCAGCCUGACUCUUGACCUUGAAACCGGUCUGAGCCUUGACAAGGAUUUUGAGAGGGUCAUCGAAGGCCAAAAGCGCGGCUAUCUCAUGCGUCAAAAUACCAAACUGGUGGCUGCGAGCGAUAACGCUGGCGAGGAAGGCCGCAAGACGCGCUCUGUCAACAACUCUCCCAUCAAGCACGAUAGGCCUCAGUCUUGGACUGUUGAGCCUUGGAACCCCGCUGUCCGUAAGAAGAGUACUAGCUCCAAGGCUACCAGCACUGGCGCUGUGCCCCCUCUGCCUGGUCAAGGGAGCAAUAGUGUGGCCACUCGCUCCAUUGCUGAGGAGGACAUGAGUAUGGAUGCGACUACAUUGGACGGUGCCGAGAGAGGUCGUCUCUUCGUCAAGGUGAUGGGAGUCAAGGACCUCGACCUGCCUCUCCCAAGAAAUGAACGCACCUGGUUCAGCCUGACGCUUGACAAUGGCGUCCAUUGUGUCACUACUUCCUGGUUGGAGCUCGCCCGCAAUGCGCCCAUUGGCCAGGAGUUCGAGCUUGUCGUACCCAACGAUCUGGAGUUCCAGCUUACCCUCAACGUCAAGAUUGACAAGCCUGCAUACCUCAACUAUCCUGUUCCUUCCAAGUCUGGUAAAUCCAAGACGUCGGCUUUCAGCAAGGUUUUUGCUUCUCCCAAGAAGCGUAAAGAGAUUGAGCUCCGUCAAAGAGAAGAGGACCGCAUCGCAAAGCAGCACCAGGAGGCGCUUGCCCGCCAAAGAAACGGCACGCCUUCUGCUUAUGAGCUCUUGUCCCCUCUCGUUGCCGAGGUGGAUGGUAGCUUUGCUCGCUCCUACGUGUGCCUGAAGGAGCACGAGAACCGAUGCUACGGCCGGCCCUACAUGGCAGAGGUGGUCUGCUUCAACGAGUGGGCCGAAGAGGAAGAGGCUUUUGCUUCUAGCGUGAAGAGCAAGCGAGGGCCUGGUGCGGUUGUUCGCAGAGCCCCGUACAAGAUUGGUAAACUGGAGCUGCAGCUGCUGUUUGUGCCCAGGCCAAAGAACAUAACCGAUGAAGACAUGCCAAAGAGUAUGAACGCAUGCAUCCGUGAGCUUAGAGCGGCCGAAGAAAGACUAGCUAGAAGCUGGGAAGGCCACCUAAGCCAACAAGGAGGCGAUUGCCCUUACUGGCGCAGAAGAUACUUCAAGUUGACUGGCGCACGGUUGACUGCUUACCACGAGGCGACGCGACAGCCGCGUGCUACGAUCAACCUGAGCAAUGCCAAGCGCUUGAUUGACGACAGACGCACACUGACGGAGAAGGAGACGACCGUCAAGGGUGGCAAGCGUCGCAGAUCAGCGUUUGCGGAAGAAGAAGAAGGCUACAUGUUUGUCGAGGAAGGUUUCCGCAUUCGCUUCAACAAUGGCGAAGUGAUUGACUUUUAUGCGGAUACCGCCGAGGACAAGGAAGGGUGGAUGAAGGUGCUGCAAGAAGUAAUUGGCCGAGGCGCCAGCAAUGCAGAUGACGACGGCGGUCCGCGAUCCCGCGCAAAGUGGUGCGAGGCUGUCCUUAAGAGGGAAGAACAGCUUCGGCGACGAGCGGAAGGCCGAUCGAGCCAUACUCGCACCAAGAGCGGACAGAGCAGCGGUGCUCCGUUUUGA